ACGCACCGAGCCCGAAUGCCCGAGCAUCAACGACACGAAUCGCCGUCGUCCUCCUCCGCUUCCUCCUCCAAGCAAACGGAAGUCCCAAACCCAACUCGCCUGUCCUCUCCCCACACUCCCUUCCCUCCACGGCCUCGCCCCCUCCACCCCUCGCCUCCUUGCCCUUUCGUCCCCCGCCCCAUGGGAGCGCGGGCUCGCUAGGGAGACUCCUCCUCCUCCUCCGCCGCCGCCAUGUUCGAGGGGGUGGUGAGCCAGGUGCUCGCCGGCCUGCUCGGCCGCUACGUCAAGGGCAUCCAGAAGGAGCAGCUUAAGAUCGGCAUCUGGAACGAGGAAAUAAAUUUGGAAAAUGUAGAGCUCAUUCUGGAAGCCUUUGACUACCUGCAGUUGCCUUUCGCACUCAAGACUGGACGAAUCGGGAAGUUAAGCAUAAAGAUUCCAUGGAAAAAACUUGGAUGGGACCCUAUAAUUAUUGUUAUAGAAGAUGUGUUUGUAUGUGCAUAUCCGCGGGAGGAUUCUGAGUGGGAAUCCGAGUCACUUGGUAAGAGAGAACUAGCUGGAAAAUUGGCUAAACUUAAUGCUAUAGAGCUCGCUAAAUUUUCCAGAAGAGUGACAGAUAACCAAACGGGGCAAUCACUUCUAUCCUACAUGUCAGCAAAGAUACUGGACAAUAUCCAAGUUUCCAUACGAAAUGUUCACAUCAUAUAUGUUGAAUCCCACAACGAUCAGGGGAGCUUCAUAUUUGGUUUGGAACUCAACAGUCUCUCGAUACAAACAGAUACACAGAAGCAAAGUUUUGCCAUGUCAUUGAUGGCUAGGUCCAGACAAGAUGAAGUGAACAAGAAGAUAAAUAUAUCAAAUGUUGGAAUUUACUGUCAACAGUUGGAAGAACAGCAGAAUCUAUAUGAUGUUGGUGCUCUUACUGAUGCUCAGUCUAAUUUCAGUCUCGGGUUGGCCCACCCAAGAGAUGAUUAUCUUAUAAAUCCAUUUUGUGUGACUGUGUCUGUGCUUGCCAACAACUCCGGAAAGCGUGAUGGUGUGCCUCAGUAUGACAUGACUGCAGAACUAACUGCAUUGGUUCUAUCAAUAGAUGAAAUCCAGCUUCAGCAAAUUUUGAAUCUCUGUGAUCACUUCACCAUCUGUGCUCUGCGAACAAAAUAUGGUCGUUACCGCCCGCCUGGGAGCUUUUUAUCUAAGAGACAUAAAGGUUGGCAGAUAAUGUGGUGGCAGUAUGCCAAGGAUUCUAUCAUGGCAGACGUUGAAAGAAGACUGAAGAAAACCUCUUGGAGGUUCUUGGGGAAGCGACUGGAGUGCCGUCGGAAAUAUGUCAAUUUGUACCGAACGAAAUUGGAGCUCUUGCAGAAAGGACAGCUUGUAAGUAAAGACAUUCUACAAAAGCUGGAAACUCUGGACAAAGAAUGUGAUAUAGAUGAUAUAGUUAGCUACAGAACAAUUGCAGAGCAACGACUACAGGAUUUGUCUGUGAAAUCAACAAAAGACAACUUUUGUAGUCCAGGAAGUCCUCGAACUGAUGAGCUGUCAGCAGGGGCAGGCCGAGGAUGGUUAAACUGGCUUUCUCUUGGAAUGCUUGGUGCUGGUGGAACAGCUGACACUAGUUCAUUUGCUGGUGUUGUUUCAGAAGACAUUAUUAAGGAUCUAUACGAGGGAACAGAAUUUCAUCCUGUUUCUUCUGCUGAAAAUCAUCUGACAAAGGAAAACUACUACUCUUUGAGACUAUCUAUUCCUCAAAUACUCACAACUGUCACCUCCAGAAGGUUUGGCAUGAAGCUUAUUGAUGGGAUGUUUACUGGUCUUGGUACUGAAUAUAAAAUAUGGGAUGAUUCAGCAACUAUCCUUGCUUGGCUUGAUUCACUUGAGAUAACUAACCCGUUGAAUAAAAAUAAAGUCUUGCUGGCUCAAAAGUGUAGCACUGGUGAUGGUCUAGGUGCACCUGUUAUCAGUAUUCAAGUAGACUUUCCGAAGUCAAACGAAAACUCAGAAGCUUCAACACGGGUUGUUGUCCAGGAAUUCAAUGUCAUAUACGAACCAGAACUCUUCUUUAAUCUCCUGCACAUCUAUGAUUUGUUUUCCUCUUUCCAAUUCCAGCAUGAUAGGGUGCUUUCCUCGCUAAACCGUUUUGAUAAUUUUGGAACAAGACUUCUUUCCAAACUGGAGUACAUGUCUGUGAACCAAAAGAAACUUCUCUGGGAUUUAAGGAUUCACCAUUUCGUCAUUAAGCUACCAUCAUAUGAUUGUGGAAGAGAACUUACUAUGGUUUUUGAGGCUGAAGAUAUAUCCAUGCGAUCCAAAGAUAGAGUUGGCGAUGAUUCUCAGACACAAGAUAACAAUUAUUUUCUUGACUACAUGUCGAAGAAAACUUCUACUUGUUUUUCUGACAGCCUGCUACCUGGGUUGCAACUGGAUGACCUAUAUAAUCAUUUUGAGGUUAGCCUCACCGGAUUCGAGGUGAAGGUGUUGAUGGCUAGUAGACAUGAUAUAACCUCUACACUGGUCAAACUGGACGCUUCUAUUGUCCUUGGAUUGUGCAUAUUCUUGGAUGAACCAAUGCUGAAACAAUUGGAGGUUGCUUCUAUUGUGCGAUCUGCCAAUAUCUACUUCUCUCGGACAAUGUACAGUGCUGUUGUUAAUUUGUGUACCUAUCUGAAAGAAAGUAACCUAGUUGGAAGCAACACUUCCGUUGAUACCAUGACUAAUGGGCCCAAUAAACCAGCCUUAAAUAUGUCUGCAUCUCUCAAGCUGGACAAACUGAGUUUAAGGGUUGACCUUGAAGACAAUGGCAAGGAAUGUUCACUCAUCACUGUUAGUGUUGGAGAUAUUGACAUCAGGUAUGCUGUGUGGGAAUUGUCAGAACUUUGGAUCAUCACCAAGAUGGUUGAAAUUACUUCCACUGAUCUGAAGAACAAAUCAAAUUCACAUGUGCUAUGUUCAUCAGGAAACUACAAAACUAGCACUUGUGUAGACUUGACAGGUUUUCCUGAAAGUUCUGCUGCCGAGGCUUGCUUAAAGCUGCAUUACAGGACUCACAAAUAUAAUGAUCAAAUACAUCAUGUGUACCAGUUGAACUUAAAUGAUGUUGAUCUGCAUGUUCAUCCAUCUGUAUUUGGUCGGAUAAAGAAGUUUUUGAGCAAUCUUGAUGCAGUAUCUCCAGGUGGCAGUGCUGUUGUGUCCUCAACAAUGGACCAGAGUUCCAUGAAACCUAAGGCAGCCAAUGCCAAAUUUCCUAAGCUUUCAUUGUCAGAUAUCUGUGGAGCAGAGAGCACAUCAUUUGGAGGAGUUUCUGUUGAUCACUUUCCCUUUUUACAUGCUGAUAUCAUAUCUAAUUUCGGAUGUUUAGAAACUCAAGAUGUUGAGGCCUUAGAUAUUACAUCUUCAAAGAGUAAACAGUGUCAUGAGACUUCAGGUUUAAAUGGUUACUCUGCACCAGAGCUUGCAAGCAAUGCACAGUGUAAAAAUGAGCAUACUAGCUGUUCAUCUAACUCACUGAAUAACACAAAUAAUGUCAGCACUACCGUUCUGGAUUUAUCACUUGUUUCGGUUAGAACUCAUUUCCAUGAAUCAUGUGGUAUUUUAGCAACACUCACUGUUCCCGAGUCUAUAGCAACAUUCUCACUGGCAGAUGCAACUUCAUGGGACCUAUUGUUCUCUGCUAAAGAUAUAUUGCUUGCUUCACCGUGGACAUCACCAAGUGUCAGUGAGGUACUCUGGGGGACUUAUUCACAUGGUAAUUCUAAUGUACUCAAUGUCCGUGUCAAAAAGGACUUGUCUGCUCUCUCAACUGAAGUAUGUAUUGCAACCCAAAAUGUUUGUUGUGUAUUACCAACAAAAUUGCUGGCAAUGAUUAUUGGAUAUUUUUUAUUGGAUGAUUGGGAUCCUAUGGUGGAAGAGCAUCACUCUGUGGCAAGUAACAAUCUUGAGUGUUCCGGAGAAUUGCAUGACAGUAUCACCUACAAAAUUGAGAUAUGUGAUUGUGUUAUACUUUUUCCUGUCGAAAAUCAAGAACUUUUUUGUAUAAAACUUGGUGUUCCAUAUUUUUUCUGCGAGUUCAUUCCAACUGGGAUUUCAACAGAAUUUGUCAAGCGUAUUCCCAAAGAAUUCUUGAGUUCAGAAUGUACUCUUUCCAGUAGAGCUGAUGUCAUCAGCCUAUGUUUAAGAGAUGCAUCCAUAUCACUUGUAUUCCUGAAUGAGCAAACGAAAUUUAUCCCGAAGCUUGAUGAGGACAUGCCUGCAAGAAUACACCCUCUUGUGGAAAAGCUUGAUGCCGGUAUAUGGAUUCAAGUUCCUUGCAAAAAACCAUCCUGCACCGAGCAGCCUUUGUUGGCCACUUUCAUUAUGAGCAAAAUAUCAAAAUGCAAUUUGAUUUCUGAAGAUUUGUAUUUUAUGGACGGGAUGGAGACAGUUUUUCGUAUUACUGACGAGUUAACUUCAAUUGUCAAAGAAAGUAAAAUGUACGAAGGCAAUGCCCGUCAGUUUUUAGAACGUAGAAGAUCCAAUGAGGAGAGCGUUGAAUCUAAUGAGCCUAUUAAUAUUACUAUUUCUAUCAAGGAUCUGGUGGUUCUCUUUGGUCACUCAAAAGAUAAAGUUUUGCCAUUGGAGAAGGUUGCCACUGCAAACCUUGAGUUUGAUGUUUCUGCUGUAAUGGUUAAUGAAAAACCUGAGCAUGUUGACAUGGAUAUUGUCUCUUUAGCUCUACACUCAUCUGGUGGCCACACUCUUGUCUCCAUAGUUUCUGAUGGGCCAUCAUCUCCUAUUCUAAUCAAGUUCACAAAGCAUCAUGCUGGGCGAGAUGAGAUAUUAAUUACUGUACCCUUUUUCGAGACCUGGUUAUAUUUAGUUGAUUGGGAUAUCAUUAUCAACCAUUUUCAUUCCUACAUAAGAAAGGAAGACAGCAGUUUGCAUGUGGGGCAUCCAGCAGCUUCACCUCAUUUUUCAGGCUCUGCAAUGUCAUCAUUUCUUGAAUCAGAAUCACAAGACAAUUCUUACUUGGUGGUAACAUGUGAAAAUAUUGCUGUUGUUGUUCAUGUACCUAUCUGGGAGAAAGAGCAAAAUGAGAAUAGCAAUUAUCCAAGGGUUGACGGGAACUCUGGUUCUUAUUUGAUCCACCAUGCAGAUGAUACUCAAUCCAUUGAACCAAGAGGUUGCAAAUUUGUCACCUUAACUUUUGAGAGUAAACAUUUUGUGGUCAUGUUAGGUGAAAGCUGGGUGAAGUUCAAAUGUGAUUUAGAUAGAGUAAAAGUAAUACUGGAGAUGAUCCAAGUGAGCAAGGGUGCCUCUGUUCCGUUCAUGCAUAUAUCUAAGAUUAAAGCUGGUGGCUAUAUUCAUCAAUCAGAAACUGACAUGCUACAUCUUUCUGUUGAUCUACAAGCAGAAUACAUGGAUGUUAGUUUUUCACACCAGAUAUUUAGUUUCUGGCGUAGUAUAGAACUCAGAUUUCCUAAAUCGUCGUCAUCAGCUUCCUCAUUUUGUUCUGUGACAUUGAAGGCGGGAUUAAGAAAAGGUUCUCUCCUGCUAAAUGAUGGAAGGUGGAGCAGUCAUGGGCCUGUUAUAGAGACGUUGGUGAAGAACUUGUCACUGCAAUUUAGUCAAAUGGGUGUUGAGACUGAAGUUUCUGCUUUUGUUGACUUUCUGAUAAAUUACAACAACAUCGACAAGGUUAUGUGGGAACCUUUUAUAGAGCCCUCAAGUUUUCAGUUAAACAUACUUCAAAAAUGUGCUGAUCAUGCACUGGAUGUAUCUCCCAUUACUGAGGUGUCGCUAAAUUCAAGCAAGCAGCUUAAUGUUAAUAUAUCAGAGCCCUUGAUCGAGGCUAUCUUCAGACUUAGUGAGAUGAUCACAGAUUCUCUUAAUCCAAGUAGUGGAGGUGAUCUUCGAGAAGAUCCUGGGAUCGUGAGGUUAAGCCGUGAUGAUGUGCACACCAGGAGAUACGCACCAUAUAUUCUCUCAAAUGACACAUCACUGCCAUUUAGUUUCAAGGUGUAUCGUGGUGCUGUUAAUUCAGAUGACAUUGAUAGUUUCUCUGUAGUAGAUGAGAAUUCUGUGCCGGCAGGAUAUUCUGUCCCGAUAUAUGUUGAAGAAACUCUAGAUGAAUUCUUCUUCCAGCACAGGGAAGCACGAUCAUCUGAACACCUCAUCGAGAAAUGGAUGAGUGCAGUCUCACACUAUAUGAUUUCCAUUGAAUUUGAUGGGACUUCCGGGUCCUCUAAGCCAAUGUCAAUUGACCUUGUGGGCAUUUACUUCUUUGAAGUCAACUUCUCUUCAAGUAAGAAGCCAAUUCUUGGCGAGGAAAGCUUGGAAGCAUUUGGAUCUGGUAGAAAGGGUAGCCAUCAUGAUGGAUUAAUUGUGCCUGUUGUACUCGAUGUUUCCUUGCAGAAUUAUAGCAAACUUGUACGAGUUUACUCAACGGUCAUACUCUUCAAUGCAACAUCAAUGCCCCUUGAGUUGCGGUUUGAUAUACCAUUUGGUGUUUCCUCAAAGGUAAUCGGGCCAAUUCUUCCAAACAAAGAGAUUCCCCUGCCGGUUCAUUUGUCUGAGGCUGGCCAGAUUAGGUGGCAUCCUGUUGGCAGAACUUAUUUGUGGAGUGAAACCCACUCCUUAUCAAGUUUGCUUUCACGUGAAAGCAGGGUGGGUUUUAUGAAAUCAUCUGUGUGCUAUCCUUCUCACCCUAGUAAUGAUCCAUUUCGCUGCUGUGUAUCUGUUGAAGAGUACACUGUCCCUUCAUCUAGUAGUGCCCAGAAAGGUCAGUACUGCACUGACCAUUUGAAUGCACAACCAAUUCUUGGAAAUACUGCUCCAAGGGCUUCUAAGCAGGUUUUAACAAGAACGCAUUUCAUCCGGCAAGUCCGACUUAGUACACCUCUUCUCAUAAAGAACUAUCUCCCUGUGUGUGUAUCUUUGACAAUAGAUAAUGGUGGGGUUGCACAUCAGGUUUCACUUAAGGAGGUGGGUACCGCCUCUAUUUAUUUUGUUGACCCCUCCAACGAUCUUGGAAUCACAUUUCAUAUUCAAGAUUACAGAUCCGUGACCAUAAAGUUUCCCCGUGUGGAAUCGUUCUCUAAUGGAGCCACAUCAAAUGGCUUGAAAUUCUCCUUAACAGAGACGAUCGCGUUCUACUCAAAUGUGUCGAAAUGUCCUUUCAAUGUUAUGCUGGAGAAAGCAACAGAUGCUCAUUCUGGUGCAAGAGAGCUGUGCCUUUCCGUGCCAUUUCUUUUGUACAAUUGCACAGAUCUCUUGCUUACAGUCACAGAAAUCAGCUAUGAGAGGAGCGGGUCCACCCUUUUGAUCCCUUGCAGUUUUGAGUUAGAUGGGCACACAAGACAUGUGCUCGGGAAAAAUGGCCUUUCUCUUGUUUCAGAAGACCCAUCCAUACAGCACUUUGCAAGUAAAAUGCCACAGUUGGAUUUUAUUGAUGGACACAGCUCUCAUUCAAACAGAAGAGUUGCAAAUAACAGUGAGCAUGUGCAGAAAGAAUGUGACAGAGAGGCUAAAGCUUACAUGUUUGCUCCUGCUGGACAUACACCUCCAACUGAACUUUCAGUUAAGCUGAAUGCAUCCGUACCUAAUAGUGGAACUGAAACAACUCGACGAGAUUGGUCGAGUCCAUUUCUCCUUGUCCCUUCCAGUGGUUCAACGAGUCUCACUAUUCCACAAUCAUCUACUUCUAGUGCCUUCUUAAUAGCCGUAACAUCUGUACCUGUUUCGACAGAACUUUUUGGGAGGACAAAGGCUAUUGCUUUCCAGCCGAGAUAUGUAAUUUGUAAUGCAUGCAGCAAUGAUAUGUUCUAUAAACAAAAGGGAACAAGAUUUUCUAAGCAUUUGAGCUCGGGACAACACUCUUUUCUUCACUGGGCUGAUACAGCCAGAGAAUUGCUUGUCUCGAUUCGAUUUGAUGGGCCAGGAUGGCAAUGGUCUGGUAGCUUUUUCCCUGGCCGCCUGGGAGAUGCCCAAGUGAAAAUGAGGAAUAGUGCCUCAGGUGUAUCAAAUAUGGUUCGAGUGGAAGUACAAAAUGCUGAUAUAGACAUACAUAGCAAAAAAAUUGCUGGAAGAAACAAUAGUACUACCGGUACAAUACUGAUUCUGCUGUCUGAUGAUAAGACUGGUUUUGUACCUUACAGGAUUGACAACUUUUCGCUCGAGAAACUGCGGAUAUAUCAGCAGAGAUGUGAAUCUAUUGAAACAAUUGUAUAUCCUUACACAUCAUGUCAAUAUGCCUGGGAUGAACCUUGCUAUCCUCACCGUCUUAUUGUUGAGGUUCCUGGGGAACGGAGUUUGGGUACAUACAGUCUGGAUGUUCUCAGUGAUGAUGUUCAUGUGGCCCUACCUUCCACACCUGAGAAAGCCGAAAGAAAAUUUGGCAUCUCGGUGCAUGCGGAGGGAGCAAUAAAGGUGCUCAGUAUUAUUGAUUCAAAUUGUCACAACACGGACACAAAAGAAGCAGGUGUCCUUGGAUCAAGGGAACCAAAGGAUGCUGAUCACAAACAGGAGAUCGAGUUGAACUUCACUGAAGUUAUCAAAAUACACUUACCAUUCAUGGGCAUAUCUUUGAUAAGCUCUUCUCCUCAGGAAUUGUUGUUUGCUUCUGCCAAGGAUAUGACAUUUGUUGCCAUGCAGAGCUUAGAUCAGCAGCGGAUCACGGUUGAAAUACCAAGUAUGCAAAUUGAUAAUCAAUUCUCUGACAGCCCAUACCCUGUCAUGCUGUCAUUUGAGGGAAGCCACAAGGGAAAAUCGAUUAAUUUUUUGAAGAGUAAAGAUAUCAAGCUGAAAUCUCUAAAUGAGAGUAGAAGUUCUAAUACCCCAGAACCUGUGCUGCGGUUUGCUGCAGUAAAAUGGAGAACUAGAGAUACAUCAUUUCUUUCGUAUCAACGUAUAAACAUCAGUGUAGCACCUUUCUGCCUUGAACUUGAAGAACGACUUGUCCUGAGCAUGAUUGACUUUUUUAGAUCCGUUUCCUCUAGAGUGCAUUUUGGUCUGUUGGAGAAAAGUGUAGACUCAAGUAUUUUAUGUGGUGCUACUGAUAUUUUUGGUGAAUAUGCAAAAAUAUCAAAAAACCUGUCAGACAAGCCCCAAAGCUCCUACACAGUGGACACUGAUCAAGACAAUGGACUGCUGCCGUCUGUUAUCCCGAUUGGUGCACCAUGGCAACAGAUACACCUAUUAGCCAGGAAACAGAAGAAAGUAUAUAUUGAAUUGUUUGAGUUGACUCCUGUCAAGUUAACUUUCAGUUUUACUAGCACUCCAUGGCUCAAUAGGAAUGAAGGUGUCUCAGACCCCAGCACAAGCUUCAACAACAGUACUGCAAUUCAGAGAGGCCUUAUGGCUCUCAUUGACGUUGAAGGAGUACCAGUUCAUCUAGGAGAAAUAAUGGUAGAAAAUCUUAUGGCAAGUUGGCAAUCCAUCCAGGACAUUCUUGUGAGGCACUAUAGCAGGCAGUUGCUUCAUGAACUCUAUAAGGUUUUUGGCUCUGCUGGCGUUAUAGGGAAUCCUAUGGGUUUUGCCAGGAAUGUUGGAUUUGGCUUAAAAGACUUUAUGUCUGCCUCAAGGAAAGGGAAAUUGCAGAGUCCUGUUGAACUAUUAAACGGUAUCGCACAAGGUUCAAAAAAUCUUAUUGGCAGUACGGUUUAUGCAGUCAGUAGCGCCACUUCUCACUUUAGUAAAACUGCCUAUAAGGUAUUAUCUGAGCUCCAGUUUGAUCAUUGGAAAUUACGCUCUCCAGAAGUCACGGGCUCUCAUAGCUCAUGGAAAUUUGUUAUGCAGGGCCUUGUUGCGUUUACAUAUGAUGAGCAAACGGCUUCCAAACUGGAUGAACGGGACAGACAGCUAGGUUUGCAUGGGGAAGGAGUGCUGAAUGGGUUUCUAGAGGGUCUGACUGGGCUCCUCCAAUCGCCAAUCAGAGGUGCUGAGAAACAUGGUCUUCCUGGGGUUAUCUCAGGUAUAGCAAUGGGAACAGCUGGGCUUGUGGCUAGGCCUAUGGCCAGUAUUCUUGAAGCCACAGGCAAAACUGCACAGAGCAUAAGAAACCGAAGCAAUCCUCAUGAAUCCAACCGCCUGCGUGUCCGUUUCUCGAGGCCUGUGGCCAGAGAUCGCCCUUUGUUCCCAUACUCCUGGGAAGAAGCAGUUGGAGUAUCUUUGCUUCUCCGAGCUGAUGGUGGCAGGCUGAAGGAUGAGACAUUUGUCGUGUGCAAGACACUCCGAGAGCCCGGAAAGUUCCUUGUGCUUAGUGAGAAACUGCUCCUGCUAGUCUCGAGCCGGUACUUGGUGGAUUUGGGGUCACCCCAGUUUGCUGGUGUUCCUCCUGACCCACAGUGGGCUAUUGAAACUGAGAUGAACCUGAAAUCUAUUGUUCAUCUGGACAGAGCUCAGGAGGUAGUGAACAUUGUUGGGAGCAACGGCGAAACAUCGCCGAGGGACAAAAGAGGCAGAUCAAGAGACAUUGCCCUGAGCUCAGCCUUCAUCCCACUAUUUCAUUUCAGUGUCGAGCUGCCAAGCAUCGAAGAUGCAGAGGGCACGUUGCAGUUCUUAAUGGCACUUAUAGAGAAGGGAAAGGCAAGGAGAUGGGACAAGAACAUCCUUCACCGAAGCAACAUUAGCUGAGGUUUCUGGGUCUUGAGCCUUACUACAGUGCUUGUGAAUGGGGGCAGUCAGCAUACACCUCAGACGACACCAGCCAGGAUCACUGCGCAGCGUCCAGUGAACGUGGAUGACCUUCGGAACAACCGCUCCAUACAAGAGGCGUGUUAAGCAAGUGAUCGUCAUCCGUAAGCAUCUGUUGAUACCAUUAGUAGAUCAGGAUAGAUACUGAUAUACGAGGGGCUGGCGUAGCUGGCAUAAUUUUGUAGCCUUUUUCCUGGAUGAUCCACCACGGAACAGGUAGGAUUAAGGUUUCAGCCUUUUUGUAGGCCAAAUGUACACAUGUAGGGUUUUCCAGAAUUUUGUCCACGGUUCUGUAAAUAAUGGCAUUUGAGUCCCAAAAGUUUUGUUAUCCACUA